AUGAAAGGAGGUAUGCUCAAGCCUGACACCUUCUCUGAGCACCGUCUUCCGGGGUUUCCGCCUGGCAUCUACGCGUUGCUGAUCACAUUUAAUCGGUUCCAUAACUAUGUGGCAGGAGAACUGGAGCGAAUUAACGGGAGCGGAAGGUUCGGUCCGAAUCCACGCUUGAGCAGGGAAGCUGCAGAGAGAAAGAUUGACAAAGACCUAUUUAACACCGCAAGACUUGUCACAUGCGGCCUCUACGUCAAUAUCACCUCUCAGAUCAGAAUACCCAAGGACGAUCCUCAAUUUGAACUAUACUCCCGACUCCGGCUGGGUCCUGGACCCGCGAGAGUCCUUCUCCCAAGUUUUCGACAAGGUCGAUUUCUCCGUGAGCACCGGCAACCAGGUCUCCGUUGA